UCUAGCUUAUUCAAUAUUGAGUUUUUUUUUUCGAGUAAUAAAUUUAGUUAUAGAUGGUUAUUGUUGAUUGGUUAUCCCUUUCUUUCUUUUCUUUUAUUAUAAAAAUAAUAAUUUUCUUACACUCGAAUUAAUAAAAAAAUUGGUUUGGUAAUAACAUCAUUAAUUAAUUUUCAAUAGAAUAUUUUUCAUGAGGUGUGAAGUAAAAAUGUGUUAAUAUAAAGAAAUGAAGUUCGUAUAGGGAGCGCAUAAUGGCUACAUAUAGUAGUAUAUGUUGGCCCUUUUUGUUAGUAUGGUGGAUGCUAAAAUUCCCAUAUGCUUGAAAGUCCUUAAUCGCUAUCCUUUUGGUAAUUUGGGUAGUUUCCACUUUAGCUUCUUCUUGUCUGUUUAUGUCAAAGGAAUCUUACCUUUCUAUCUUCAACUUUUCAGAAAUGUAAGAAAAUAGUAACAAAAGUCGCCCUUCUAGGCAGCUGAUGUCAUAAUUAUUGUGGGAUAGUGUAUAUUUUCACUUCUAGAAAACCAGUCUGCUGUUGUGUUUUCGUGAAAGCAUCUGAUACUUUGAAUCUUUACUUUGUUUGUGUGUUUCUAAUAUGAGUGAAGAUGAUUCUGAUUUGCAGAUAAAAUUAAAAUGAUUCACAAACGUGCUUUUUCUGAUGAUAAUUUGUAUGAGUUUGCUUGUAAGCACCCCAGACAAAUGGAGCACAUUGAUCAGCUUGCUCCUAUUUUCCCACUUGACAGUGGGCACCAGAAACAUCUUGUUUCAGGUGAUGACAGUUUUAGAAAGUGUCAAGAAGUAGGGAGGUCUGCAAGUGACUUGUUCAGUGAAUGUUCAAAUGGGACUAGCAAGGGAUUUGAAACUGGUGAUAAUGGUUGUUUCCCCCACUUUUUGUGGAUCGGCAAUGGGAUUCUUGAAGCCGAUAAUUUAUCUUUCUUCCCAGAAUAUUUUGAUCAUGGGCACCAGCUCAGGGCUUUACUUGAGCCUGAAGAGGCCUGCUCAUCUCUUGAUUACCCUUUUCAGAAGCAGGUUUCUGUUGGACCAGAGCAUCAAGCUUAUGUCCCAGAGUGGGACUCCCAGGGUUCAAGCACCUCCCUGAACCAGCUAGAUGACUCUAACCUUCAAGUUGCAUGUGCACAUUCUUCUAGCUCAGGUGUCAUAAUUAAUGGUGGUUACGAGGAGAACCUGAUGGGUACUUGUAUCCUUCCCAUGCCUGACCUGGAAGCAUCUUCAAAUUACUGCUAUGAAGCCACCAAUCAUGACUGUGCAUGCCCUGAUGCAGGUUCUAUCAGAUGCAUAAAACAACAUGUCUCAGAAGCUAGGCUGAAACUUAGAGAGAACCUUGGGGAGGAGAUAUUCGAGGGGUUGGGGUUCUGUGAUAUGGGAGAGGUGGUUGCAAAUAAAUGGACUGACGAGGAAGAGCAAGCCUUCCAUGAGGUGGUCUUAUCUAAUCCUGUUUCUUUGGGAAAAAACUUUUGGGACCAUCUGUCAGCAACAUUCCCUUCCCGAACAAAGAAGGAGCUUGUCAGUUAUUAUUUCAAUGUAUUCAUGCUCCAGAAACGUGCUGAGCAGAACAGGUUUGACCCUCUAAAUAUUGACAGCGAUGAUGAUGAGUGGCAAAAAAUUGAGGGUGAAACAGUAGAGGAAGAUGAGGAUUCUGCGGUGGAAUCUCUGACUGGUCAGGAUUCCUCUGCUUACUGUCAAGAGGAUCAUGCCGAGAAGUUCAAUGAAUAUGUUGAGGAUGAGGAUGAAGCUGUUGCUUCUAAAGAUGGUGUUGAUAAUGUGGUAACUGAUGCGGAGUAUGAGGGAGAUGUAGAUGAUUUUUCAGGAGCACAUGUUGGGAUUUACCAUGGUUGUGUUGGUGACCUUGGACCUAAACAUUUCAAUGGAAUUUCUGGGACCAACACAGAUGAUUGUGAUGUUCAAGAUGAUUCAUGCACAUCAUAUGAGCAUCAUCGAGACAGCAUUGAUUGCUAUGGUCCCCGUGAUAUGGGAACUGAUGGGAGACACUCCAGUCAAGAUUAAUAUUUUCACAGUAAAUUUUCUUGAUGGUUUGGUUCCCCUGCUGUUGUUCUGCAAGACUGGAUAUUAUCAAGGGAUUGAUGUUUUAGCCAUUGAAACUUGAAGAAGCUGAUACCUUUAUUCAAUGUUGAUUGUUGGGGAAGAGUGGUUGUCCCAUGCAUCCUUCCAAAUUAAAGUUGGCUCUUCUAGGCAUCAAUAUUCAAGAGUCUGGUAGGUCAUCAGUUUCCAGGACUGGCCUUUCAAGGUUCAUGUGGCUCAAUUAAGAAGGAUUUCAGAUAGACAAUUACUAGUAAUACUACUGCAAAAUCUAAUUUUGCUUGCAAAAUUUUGAAUAUGUUGGUGGAAGGGCAUUUUGCAAGAUGCAAGUACUUUUAUAGGACGUGGUUGAUGUUCUUGAGUGAGCCAAUGGAAUCAUCGUGGUAAUAUGCAGAGCUGUGGGUGCGCGAUUUGUUCAGCUGUUUAGCGUGACUUGAAUCAUGUUUCUUUUUAUCUCUGCGUGAUCAAUCUCAUGGUAAUUAUCUUGCAAUUUAAUCAACCCUUUGUAAGGCCACUUGGACCAACAUCAAAAUUGAAUGGUGUCGUUAAGGCAUUUUAUUUUA